AUGGAGAAAGAGCUCAGCGAAGACAGAUCCAGCGCCACUUCCAACGCAGAUCAGUUCGAAGAAGGGUCUUUCGAUGACGUCACUGCCAUUUCCGAUCAGGAAGUCGUCAGUCAAGCACCCUUCGAAGUGGAAGACAGUUCCGAACUACCACAGCCGAGCACAGAAUUCGCUCAGCCAGUUAUUUCGAAACAGGAACUGGACCACAUCGCGUACAUCACGAGCCUAGCCGAAAGAUCAUCUUUCGAAGCUCCAGAACGACCUCCACUGCCUAGAAGAAUGGCUUCAGAACAACAAGAAAUGGAGAAAGAGCUCAGCGAAGACAGAUCCAGCGCCACUUCCAACGCAGAUCAGUUCGAAGAAGGGUCUUUCGACGACGUCACUGCCAUUUCCGAUCAGGAAGUCGUCAGUCAAGCACCCUUCGAAGUGGAAGACAGUUCCGAACUACCACAGCCGAGAACAGAAUUCGCUCAGCCAGUUCUUUCGAAACAGGAACUGGACCACAUCGCCUACAUCACGAGCCUAGCCGAAAGAUCAUCUUUCGAAGCUGCAGAACGGCCUCCACUGCCUAGAAGAAUGACUUUAGAACAACAUGAAAUGGAGAAAGAGCUCAGCGAAGACAGAUCCAGCGCCACUUCCAACGCAGAUCAGUUCGAAGAAGGGUCUUUCGACGACGUCACUGCCAUUUCCGAUCAGGAAGUCGUCAGUCAAGCACCCUUCGAAGUGGAAGACAGUUCCGAACUACCACAGCCGAGAACAGAAUUCGCUCAGCCAGUUCUUUCGAAACAGGAACUGGACCACAUCGCCUACAUCACGAGCCUAGCCGAAAGAUCAUCUUUCGAAGCUGCAGAACGGCCUCCACUGCCUAGAAGAAUGACUUUAGAACAACAUGAAAUGGAGAAAGAGCUCAGCGAAGACAGGUCUGGCGCUACUUCCGAUGCAGAUCAGUUCGAAGAGCGCUCUUUCGAUGACGUCACUGCCAUUUCCGAUCAGGAUGUCGUCAGUCAAGCACCCUUCGAAGUGGAAGACAGUUCCGAACUACCACAGCCGAGCACAGAAUUCGCUCAGCCAGUUCUUUCGAAACAGGAACUGGACCACAUCGCGUACAUCACGAGCCUAGCCGAAAGAUCAUCUUUCGAAGCUCCAGAACGGCCUCCACUGCCUAGAAGAAUGGCUUCAGAACAACAAGAAAUGGAGAAAGUGCUCAGCGAAGACAGGUCCAGCGCCACUUCCAACGCAGAUCAGUUCGAAGAAGGGUCUUUCGAUGACGUCACUGCGAUUUCCGAUCAGGAAGUCGUCAGUCAAGCACCCUUCAAAGUGGAAGACAGUUCCGAACUACCACAGUCGAGCACAGAAUUCGCUCAGCCAGUUCUUUCCAAGCAAGAGCUGGACCACAUCGCGUACAUCACGAGCCUAGCCGAAAGAUCAUCUUUCGAAGCUCCAGAACGGCCUCCACUGCCUAGAAGAAUGGCUUCAGAACAAUUUGAAAUGGAGAAAGAGCUCAGCGAAGACAGGUCCAGCGCCACUUCCAACGCAGAUCAGUUCGAAGAAAGGUCUUUUGAUGACGUCACUGCCCUUUCUGACCAAGAAGUCGUCAGUCACGCGCCCUACGAAGUGGAAGAGAGCUCCGAACUACCACAACCGAGUUCAGAGUUCGCUCAGCCAGUUCUUUCGAAUCAGGAACUGGACCACAUCGCCUACAUCACGAGCCUAGCCGAGCAAUCAUCUUUCGAAGCACCAGAACGGCCUCCAUUGCCCAGAAGAAUGACUUCAGAACAAUUUGAACUGCAGGAAGAACUCAGCGAAAACAGGUCCAGCGCCACUUCCAACGCAGAUCAGUUCGAAGAAGGGUCUUUCGAUGACGUCACUGCCAUUUCCGAUCAGGAAGUCGUCAGUCAAGCACCCUUCGAAGUGGAAGAAAGUUCCGCACUACCUCAGCCGAGCACAGAAUUCGCUCAGCCAGUUCUUUCCAAACAAGAGCUGGACCACAUCGCCUACAUCACGAGUCUAGCCGAGCAAUCAUCUUUCGAAGCUUCACAACGGCCUCCACUGCCUAGAAGAAUGGCUUCAGAACAAUAUGAAAUGGAUAAAGAGCUCAGCGAAGACAGGUCCAGCGCUACUUCCAAUGCAGAUCAGUUUGACGAGCGCUCUUUCGAUGACGUCACUGCCAUUUCCGAUCAGGAAGUCGUCAGUCAAGCACCCUUCGAAGUGGAAGAAAGUUCCGAACUACCACAGCCGAGCACAGAAUUCGCUCAGCCAGUUCUUUCGAAACAGGAACUGGACCACAUCGCCUACAUCACGAGUCUAGCCGAGCAAUCAUCUUUCGAAGCUUCACAACGGCCUCCACUGCCUAGAAGAAUGGCUUCAGAACAAUAUGAAAUGGAUAAAGAGCUCAGCGAAGACAGGUCCAGCGCUACUUCCAAUGCAGAUCAGUUUGACGAGCGCUCUUUCGAUGACGUCACUGCCAUUUCCGAUCAGGAAGUCGUCAGUCAAGCACCCUUCGAAGUGGAAGAAAGUUCCGAACUACCACAGCCGAGCACAGAAUUCGCUCAGCCAGUUCUUUCGAAACAGGAACUGGACCACAUCGCUUACAUCACAAGCCUAGCCGAGCAUUCUAUUUCAUAUCUAGAUGAUCUUGAAGAAGCGCCUCUCCUAUCUUCCGACAGCUCCGAGAAACCUGAUUGGGAGAAGCAGUUCAGCGAAGACAGAUCUAGUGCAACAUCUAUCGCUGACCAGUUCGAAACAGGCUUCGCCAAUGCUUACGAAACAGCUGAUCAAGAAAACUUGGCAGAGGGUCUCAUUCACCCCACAAAAAGGUCAGAGAUGCUUCAGCCUUUCGUGAGGUCCGAGAAAUCGUUGUUGCUUGAGAAGGCAGAUGCUAGUCGCGUUCUGAAUCUGGCAAAGUUCCAACUCAACAAUGGACGUACUGGCUCAUUUCCAUGUGUUCGUUGUGUUAUGUUUUCCCUCAGACGUUCGAAAAGCGCUCCUUUCAUACCGUUGCCCACGUCAUCUGGUCGAUCCGACCAUAAGGUCACAAGUCUUUUGCCAUAUACUACGAAACGGUCGGCCAGUGAGUAUUCGUUCGAGCUGGAAAACUGGCGUAGGGAAGUUCUGCGCGGCUCGGCAAGCCACGGCGAAGUCAGAAGCAAACGGCCGAACGCUUAUGAGAUCUGCGAACAGCACAGCUUCAAAGAGCCCCGCUAUCUGCUCUCAAACGUUGAUUUGUUGUGGAGGCUGAAUUUCGCCGCAAAUCGUCUCACUGAGGUCAUCGCCGACGAUGCAGCGAGAGACCUUCGCAUUUUCUAUCGACACGCCAAUAAUCCACGAGCUCGCUAUUUUUCGGAUGCUCCGAUGAGUGUCGAAAGUGAAGAGGAGUCGGCGGAAGGUAGGGCCGAUUUGGGCUACGUCGUGGAACCGCUUCCGAAAGAUGGCUCCUCUUCUUUUGGCCUCUUCUCCUUUUUCUCUCAGAAGAAGAGCCUGACUGACCGACCUCGGUCUGCCCUUGCUCUAUUCUCAUCAGCUAAUAUCAAUACUGGUAUGAGGAAAGAUUCUGAAGAUCGGUCUGCCGGCGACAUUCUCAACCUUCUAAGAAGGUAAAAGCCAGAAAAAAAAGUGUGAUAUUCUAAAGAAACUUUCAGGUCUUCUGGCGCGGAUCCACGCCUCCAAAGUGAAAGUCCGACUUCUCGACUGCCUGACAACGCUCUCGUUGGAUUAUCAGAAGCUGAAAGACAACAUAUCAUCUCUGUUAUCAGCCGGUCGAACAAAUCCAGCUCUCCGAUAACUUCCAGAAGGUUUUUAUGUUCAUUCGUCAAUUCCUUCACCAUUUUAUUUCCAGAUGCUCCUCAGCCUUGCAAAUGCUGCCCGAGAUGGACACGUUGUCAGAUACGGAGCGGGAGCACAUCCAAAACGUCAUCGAAAAAGCCGAAGGUAGAACCCCCUACGUCAUCAAGAACCCACAGAAAAACCCUUCAAUUCCACGUUGGUCAAACGACUUCGAGGCUUCUGAAUUGACGAUUCGAGAAGUUCCUUCGGAAUCUCCAGUGAAGACAGACCAAGCCGACUCGAUCUCAACCAGAAGAUCUACCAGCGCUCUCAGGGUAAGUCAUUAAUUAUAUAAACAGGUAUUCAAAAAAACUUUGAAAAAUUCCUAUUUGACUCACUUUUUUUGAGAUGUUCUUCACAAAAAAAUUGUUGACGAGAAGUCAUUCAAAAAAAUUUUUAUCAAAAAAAUUGAAGAAAAAGCAGUAUUCUUAAAUUCAUUAAGCCUUAUCUGCCUACUUUUAACAGAAUUUUUCUCAGUAACUUUCGCUUCAGCAGAGAAUCUGUACUGACUAGAUCAGCGUGUUAGAGUACGCGUAUUUCCCUAGUCAGCCGGAGAGAUUCCGCAGAGAACCGAAGGAAUUAUAAAAAAAACAAUUUCUCAACUUUCCGUUUUACGAACAAUGCAAUAAAAGUGAGAAUACAACUGCGAGCUAGAUUAUCUUUUCAAAAUAAAGCUGAAAAUUGUAUUCACUGGUUUUUUCGCAAAUCUUUCUUUAAAAAAUUCAAUUGAAAUCUUAUAAGAAUGAAUUUUUUUGUAAAAAGAGAAAAAUGAAAAAUUCAAAAAAACAUAGAAAAACUUUAAAUGACACAAAAAUCAGUAAAUUAGUCUGUUGAGCAGGGUAAAAAAAUGGAAAAAUAUAAAUUAAAAAUGCUUAUGGCUUUUUUUCAUCGGAGAAACGGAAAAUGGUUCGAAACGCAGAAACGUAUUCAUUGGCGCACCAAAGUUGCUCCAAAAUAGUAUUCUCUUUUGUUUUGCAGCAAUUUUCUUGCGUUUCAGAACAGUUUUCGUUUUGUCCGAUCCAUUAAAAAUCAAGAACAAAAUACAAAAAUUAAAAAAAAAUUUUGAACAAACUCAGGCACUGGUGCGCGCACGCGCGGGGGUACUGAUUCUUUUUUCGCCUUUUCCACUGAAAUAAGGUUUUGAAAUAUAUUUUUAUAUAUUUUUGUGAUAUUACCCAGUGCCCCUGCUCACGUUUUUAAAGUUGUUCCGAGCACUUUCGAACAAAUUUAUGAAAAAAAGUUGCCAAGUGAAACUUUGAUAUUUCACAAUUUUUGUGCAAUCUAAUUGUUAUAAACUGGUGCAGAGCAAUGUUAAGAGAUGAACAGACAUGAAAAAUAUUAAAUUUAUAACUUUUCAAUUAGUUAAAAAGCUAAAAAUCAAAAGAGACACCCCGCGCGUGCGCGCAGCAGGCGGCGCGCAUGCGCACUUUUGGCAACAAACACGCGCCGUCAGUGCCUGAGAAGCAAACAAACAAUUGCGCGUAAAAUCUUUUGCUUGCAGUUGCCUACACGUACUUUGCACUUACAGUACUUUUUUUCAGGCGCAACGUCAUACAGUGCUUCAAAUUAGAGCAAAAAGAAAAAAUGAAAAUAUUUUGAAAGAAAUUGGUAGAUCAACAGAACCUCUUGAAAAUUAACACUGAUAAUUUCAAAAAAUGUUGAUUUGACCAGUUUUGAUGAUCCAUUGACCCUAAAGUGGACACUAAAAAUUUUGGUGGUCUAUUAGUAGCACUGAGACCUCUAUAGUGACCACUACCUUGACUACUAUAGUGUUCACUAAAACGUCAAAACCUUUCAAAGGCCUCUAAAAAUGUUCCCAGACCUCAAAAUUCACAUUUUACCGAAAGGUUCUCACAAAAAUAUUUUCUUUACAGGUGGUACCUCCUCCGAUCGCCAUUUCUCAACCAACUCCUCCUCACAGCGCUCGUACAGACUCUUCCAGAAGAAGCAGCGAAACUCCAAAUUUCGGAUUCUCAACACCGUCGGUGGCCGGAGUCAAGUCCUUCUUCGAAAGAGCUUCCAACACGGUCAGAAGCGCGGCAGAGAACUUGACCGAGAAGUCUGAAGAGAAGAUGGGACUCACCCAAGAAGAGCUGGACCACAUCGCGAGGAUAAAUAGGAUGGCCGAGGAGAUGGAAACUCAACCGGAACUCACCGAGGAAGAAUUGGCGCAUAUUACUAAGGUCGCUCAAAUGGCUGAGAUUGAAGAAGAAAGAAUGGCUGUACCUGUUCCCAGGGAAUUCAAGCCUCAGCCCAAACCUACGAAGAAACAAGCUGAAACAGAAUUGACUGCAGAAGAACUUGCUCAUAUUGCCCGGAUUGCUCAAAUGGCUGAAGAGCAGGAAUCAACGCCUGUAGCCGUAAGAAGGAAAGACAAAAUCGAGGCGGUUGAAACCAAAGCUAGAGAACCUGUCGAACCUGGGACUAACCGAGGAAGAGCUGGCCCACAUCGCUAGGAUAGCUCAGCUUGCAGAAAUCGAAAAUGUUGCUCCACCUCCUGUGAAAAUCUCUGGGCCUUCAGACAUGAGAAAGGAAAAAGUUGAGCCUGGCCUUACUGAAGAAGAGCUGGCCCACAUUGUUAGAAUCUCUCAACUUGCAGAAGAAGAAGACGUCGCUCCAAAUGGGUUCAGGGAAAUCGUUCAGUCUGGUCUAACCGACGAAGAGCUCGCCCACAUUUCCAGAAUCGCACAGAUGGCAGAAAUGGAAGAUGUUGCACCUCAAAAUGUGGGAAGAGAAGUCAAAGCUCGAGAAGAAGUUGAGCCUGAGCUGACCGACGAAGAACUUGCUCACAUCGCCAGAGUUUCUCAACUUGCUGAAGAAGAAAGAAUGACGGAACCACUGAACAGAUUUAUGGUAGUCGAGCCAAGGAAAGAUUCUGAAAAUGACCUGACCGAAGAAGAACUGGCUCACAUCGCUAGAAUCGCAGAGAUGGCCGAAAUGGAAGGAUUUACUCAACCAAGACCUGUACUAGAACCAGAAUAUCUUGAGCCAAUCAGAACUGUAGCCGAGCCUGAACUAACCGACGAAGUACUGGCUCACAACGCUAGAAUCGCAGAGAUGGCCGAAAUGGAAAGAUUUACUCAACCAAGGACUGUAGUAGAACCAGCUUACCUUGAGCCGAUCAGAACUGUAGCCGAGCCUGAACUAACUGCAGAAGAACUUGCUCAUAUUUCUAGAAUCGCGGAGCUCGCUGAAAUGGAAGGAACUCCUCAACCUGUGGAAGAGACUAAAGAAGUUGAGCCUGACCUAACGGAAGAAGAACUAGCUCACAUUGCUAGAAUAGCUCAACUUGCUGAAGAGGAAGGAAUCGCUCAGUCGAUGCCUUCAGAUCGGUCCAUUUCCGAAAAAGGCAAGGUAGAUCUCCAACCGGAACUCACCGAAGAGGAGCUUGCUCACAUUGCAAAGAUCUCUCAAAUUGCCGAAUUGGAAGGACUGACCUCCUCCAAACCUACUAUCAUUGAAGAGGUGCCUGAAGUUCAUUCUAGCGAGUUAACUCAGGAAGAGCUGGAGCACAUCGCCAGGAUCACUCAAAUGGCCGAAGUCGAGGCUCAAGUCACGACUAUGUAUCCGAGAAUGCCGCUUCCUGUACCUCCUAAGAGAGAUUCGAACAAGAUGGUCCCCGAGACGAGUCCGACGUCCUCUCAAGAGCGUAAUCGUUUUGCCUCGCACGCGAGUUCAAUCUCGCCGGACGACACUUCAAGGCGGAUUCCCGAGGAGGGCUCGCAUGACGGUAUUUCGAUGCAUUCCUCGUCGAGCCGUGGAUCGAUCCACAGCCAUCGGAGCAGCGAUUUUGAUAUCCGUUCGGUGAGCGAGAUGAGGAACGCCAAGAACCUUGGCGAGUGGUACGAGGAGCAGUUGAGCUUCAUCCGGCAGUCGAUCGCCGACGAGGAGGAGCUUUUUGAGAACGCUGGUUGGUUUUCUUUAACUUUAUUCUUUUUCUAGAAGAAUUUUUUUCCAAGUUUUGAAUAUGUUUGUGCGAUUUUUUUGAAUUGUUUCAGACCCAAGGAAAAAGCUUAAAUAUAUUUAAUUUAUGUGGAUUUUUCUAAAAACUCAAUUCAAGACCUGUAAGUUCGCAAUCUAAACUGUUUGAGCGUGUCGAAAGUUCCUAUAGAACAAAGAAAAAUUCAUUUAAAACAAGAUUUUCAGAAGAUUUGACAACGCCAACGCGGCUCGAGGAGGAAUUAACGCCCAAGGAUGAGGUCCCUCCUUCGGAUAUCGGAUUUGCAGGUAUAAUCUGUUCAAAAACGUUUUUCUAGUGCUUUCUAGAAUCUUUUCUGAGUGUUUCAAGGUGCCGGACCAUUUUCUUUGAAGUUUUUGAGGUAAAAGGGCCUUUUUUUUUUAGUUAGAAAGACGCUCUUUAAAAAACAUAGCGAAGAUUUUUGGACUAAAGGACACAAAAAAACUCCUUGAAAGUCAUAAAAAGCUGGCGUCAAAGUUUUGCCUUUUGAAUAGACUUCAAGUGGCCCCGCUGAACGCUGAAUUAAUUUCGAAUUUCCUGCCUUGGUCAAACAAAGCGAGGAAAAAACAUUUUCGGAGACGUUUAGGAAGAGAGGAAUCGAUGUCUGAGAGCGAAAAGCCGCAGCUCGGGGGAAUCGAUUCGGUCGCCGGCGGCGUGCCAACGCAACAGCACUCGUCGUCGUUCACUGCAUUCCCGAUCGCCUCAUCAGCAAAGGUUCUCGGCCCGAUUUUCAUAUGCAUCCUCCCCUUUUUCUUCACAUAUUCUUUCAUAAAAAACUCUUCUUCCUCAUAUUUUUAGUUUCGAAAAUUUUUAAAAAGUAAUAUAUGAAUUAAAUGAGCCUUAUGAACACCUUUCAAUCAUCAUCGGUUUCAAAUUCAAUUAAAAAUCACCAAUAUGGCAAAAAAAAAGAUUCAAAUUCAAUCGUGCACUCUUUGAAAAAAAAAACGAAAAAGUUGCGAACAACAAGCGAUCCUUUCAAAUUACGUUUCCUGUGUCGAAUCCCAUUUCCUUUCAUGGUUUUUUUUGAACACAAAGUGCAAGUUUAAAAAUGUUGCUUUCAGCUUUUUUUCAUUAAAUUAUGUGGCUUUUUCAUCUUGAAACAAAAAAAUCCUAUAUAUUUUUUUGAGUUUAGACUUCUGUGUCAAGUUGUUUUUUUGUACAAAAAAAUGAGUUAAUUUACACUAUAAAAAGAAGUUUGAAUGAAAAAAAUUAUUGAAAAAAAUGUUGGAAUAAAUAAAAAAAUUCAUAUUUAUAUGAAAAACUAGCGCCAAUGCACUUUCAUAUAUCCCUUGAGGGCGCUUCUAAGUGGCACAGUCAUCACAACGGACGCUGUAUACAGUAACUAUUUGAAAAUAAUAGGUUUUUUUGAAAAUCAAAAAAAUUUAAUUUGUUGCGUAAAAAAAUAAAAAAAUUAGAAAUGGAUUCGAUAAAUUUGUAAUUUCGUAGAAAAAAAUUAACACUUCUUUUUUUCAUACGUUAUUCGUUCAGUGAAUUUUCAAAUGAGAAAUAUCCGUAUAAAUUUUUAUUUGACAAUCAUUCAACUUUUUCUGUUUAAAUUAUUCAAUUUUGCAGGAAAAAAAGGGGCGGAAAGAGCAGUACUUGGUCGAUGCUGCUCCCGAACCAGAGGUUUCAAUUUUGGCUGUUUGUAAAUUCUUUUCUUGAAUAAUUUAUAGGUUGAAUUCACUCAAAUUGUUUUCUGGUUGAUUUGGCUAAUAUGUCGAGGCGACGAUCUCAUAUUUUAGAGAAGCGCAAAAUUUGUCCCUUGUCGGGAAAAGAAAACCCAUUAUGAGAGAGCCUUGUCGUCGCCUAACAUGCCGAAUAAUUUGAGAAAGCCUUUUUUUCCCAUUGACAUGUGUUUCAGUCCUCGUCGAUUAAUGUCAAUGCGGCACGACGUGAGCCUCGAGAAAGGUUCGUUUCUUUUUAGUUUUAAAGUUAAAUAUUGAAAAAGAGAAUAAUGAGUGUAAUGGUCUUGAAAAGAUUAUAGUCUUGGAAAAGUUCCAGGAGAAAAAAUUCUUAUAAUGGAGAUCCUAAAAUUCUUAUUUUUCCCCACUGUUUCGCUUUAAGACCAGAAUUGAUUCGGUUUUCUCAAAAAAUCGAAUAAUUUCCAGGUCGCCGUUUGUGACCCAAUCGCUCGUCGACGAGGAAUUGCCGGCUGAGUAAGCUCUUGGUUUGUGAAUGAAUAUGAUAAGUUUGGUGUGCAGGUCUCCGGGAAUGGCCUCCGCGCUGCCGCCGAUGGACGGCCUCACGGAGGAAGAACAGAGGAAGAUCCUCGCCGUGAUGGCCGCCGCCGAAAUGGACGACUUCAACAUGAUGCCGACUCCUCAGCCGACGAGAUCUCUAGCUCCGCCGGCGACGUCAAUGUGAGGGCUUUAGAAAGAGGACCCUAUGGGGGUUAGAGGAAAACUGCCCCUAUAGGGGAUAAAAAUGCGCUCCCUUCAGGGGUUAACUUUAGGUGGCCCCUGUACGGGUUUAGAGUGUAAAAACAAAGCCCCUAAAGCUUUAGUAGUCCCUGUAGAGGUUCCGGACCUGACCCCUAAGCGCCUAAAGCUUUAGUGGUCCCUAUAGGGCUGAGUUUUGAAAAUAAUGAAGACUUUAUUAGUAAAACUUGAUCUAUUGACAUUUUACCACUUUUGCAAGCUCCAUAUAGUGGGAGGGUGUGCGGUCCGUAGAAGAAAACCUUCAAGGGCCCUAAGGUUACGCCUAAAGGGACCACUCUGGCGUUGUUAAAGAUGUAAUAGACUAGCCGGUGAGAAAAGUGAGCACCAAAAACCAGACGCGCCCCGGAUUUUUCUUGUUUUUUUUUCUAAGGCUCACUUUAGAGGCUUACGCUAGCGAUCGCUUGAGUUGCUGACUUUAAAGGCUUCGGUACUUAAGUGAUCACUUGAGUUGAAGCGUCUGGUUAUCAUUACUGCAGUCCGGACAUUGUAGGGCUAGUCUUGAACCGCGCUUGCUUCAUUUUUCUGCGAAGUGGGAAAUCGUUACCUUUCGGGCAUUUUUUUAUUCCUUUUCCUUGAUUAUCAAUUUCAGUGUGAACCCCAGUGCUUUCAGGCCGAUCCCUCCUGGUCUGGAAGGCCUUUCUGAAGAAGAACGGAUGCAGAUCAUGGCCGUGAUGGCUAACGCGGAGAUGGACGAAGCGCGAAAUCAGCCUCUCUCCAAGAUGACGUCACGCUCGCCCAGCUACAACAUCAUGCCGACCUCGCCUCUGCCUCCGAAACAGUGAGUUUGAUCUCAUUUUUUGGACUGUCCAUCUAGUCUGCGCUCUCUUCUUUCUAACAGGGAAGAAGAUAAAAAACAGACAAAACGAGUCUGAUUUAUCUGUGCUCUCUAGUUUACAAUGUCUCUAUGACCUCGUCGGUAAGAGAAAGGAGAGCGCAGAAAAGUUAGAAUCUCUCGUGUUCACGUGCUAUUUUCUUUGUCUCUAUGAAGUCGUUGAUAAAAAAAUAGAGAGCGUAGAGAAAUAAGACUGCUCCAAUUUGAUUUCUAUGAGCUCUCGCCUUUACUUGCUAUUUCUAUAUCUCUAUGACCUAACCGGUGAGAUAAAUGAGAGCGCAGAGAAGUCAGAGAGACAGUUUUAUAUCUCUGUGCGUCACGUGCUAUCUCUCUAUCUGACCUGGCCGUUGAGAGAAAAGAGAGCGCAGAGAAAUCAGACUGUUUCGAGUUAAUUCUUUUCUGUCUCUAUGACGUCGUUGAUGAGAGAAGAGAGAGUACAGAGAAGUCAGAAUGUUCCAAUUUGAUUUCUCUGUGCUUUCGUGUUUACAUGCUGUCUCUAUGUUUCUAUAACUUUCCCGGUGAGAGAAAGGAGAGCGCAGAGAAGUCAGACAAUUCGUGGACCCUUUUAUACUAUUUUUCUUCCAGAUUCGAACCCCCGGGCUUGGAAGGCCUCUCCGAAGAAGAAAAGAGGAAAAUCAUGGCCGUGAUGGCGAAUGCAGAAAUGGAAGAGGUUCAAACCCUGCCUCUACCUCCAACUCGACCAACCAGGUUUUUUUUUCUUUUUUUUUCAAUUUUCUAUGUGAAUGUUUUCCAGUGUCGCCAGCACAGCACCGCCCGGCUUGGAAGAUCUUUCCGAAGAGGAACGGUUCAAAAUAAUGUCGGUUAUUGCGAACGCCGAGUUCGAAGACGCCCGAAGCGCCCUCAAUUCGCCCUCGCAGGGCUUCAAGCCGAUUUCCGCCGCCCGAACGCCAUCACCAGCCAGGUUUCUGAUGGGAUAGGGGUUAGGGGCCGGAGAAGUGGUCACUAUAGGGGUAAAAUUGAAGUGGUCGUUAUAGGAGUUUAGGAUCUGACCACUCAGCCCCUAAAGCUCAAGUGGACCCUAUGGAGGUCUCUCAAUUUCGUUCAAAAAACGCCUUUUUAUUCAGUUUUUCCCAUGAGAAGGAACCACUCUGGGCUCAUUUUUGAUGAAAAUUUACACAAAACCAUAAAAAGAUAUAUGAUUUUUGCUUGUUGUAUUUCUUUCAAUGAACGAUAAUUGUUCAGGGAAUCACUACCGGACCUGUCUGGACUGUCGGAAGAAGAGCGGGAGCAAAUCCGGGCCGUCACUGCCAAGGCCAACCUCGACUUGGAGCCUAGUAACUGGCGUCCUUCACCUCAAACUUCGGCCGCCGUUUCUCCUGCUCAGCAAAGGUGGGUUUAGGGCAGAUACGGGCCAGCCCGACGGUUUACCCUGAAAAAAUAGUCGUUCAUGUUGAUAUCUAACAAGUGAACAAGGAAAAACCAGGUUUUUAUUUUUGCUUGGAGCCUUCCUCAGCCCGGGCCUAAUCCGGGCUUAGAAAAUGGCUGAUAGACUAACGGGCUAGCCCUCUAGAUUCUUGUUUUUCUAGUCUUUUCUCUCGAAAUUCUAUAAAAGUUGAGCCAUUCUCUAGAACUACUAUUUAAAAAUACCUAUCAAGUUCUUUUUUUAAUUGAUUGAUGGCCAUGGUGAGGGACUUUUGAGGUGUCCCUGUAGAGGUUUGUUGUGUUUAGGGACCCCUAUAGAGUUUGAGGGUCUGACAUCUAAGCUCCUAAAGCUUUAGGGAUCAUAAAGGUCCUAUUAAACCUCUAAAGAGGCCACUCAGAAAAUUUAUCAGUAUUUUACGUAUUUCAGCCGUUUUCCAGCUCAUUUUCUGGAUUUUUUCAAUGAAAAUUCCUAGUUUUUUCUUCAGGGAUGUGGACUUUGGCUUGGAAGGCCUCUCCGAAGAAGAACGACGUCAGAUCAUGGCCGUAAUGUCCCGAGCCGCCGAAGAACCUCCCGCAGCGCCUGUUGAAGCGAUUCCGGAAGAAAGAGCGAUAUCGCCAAUGUAAAUUUUUCAUUAUUAUAAUUAUUAUAGUCGAAAAAUUCCUGUUGGAAAGCAUUACCAUUUUCAAAAGGGUCUCGAGGCGAAUAAAGGAUCAAAAAGACUCCUGCGCCUUUAAUAACUUCAGGAAGGAUUUUGGAACGAAUUGUAGUUGAAUUGAGAAUUUUAGGCUACUGAUUUUUUUUUCAAAUCAGCUGGCUUGUUACUAUUAGCUUCAGUUUACUUCAAAAAUAAAAAAUAAUCUUUUUUUCAGCUCCGAAGAGAUCAUAAGAACAUCUGAACCUGACGAACACUACGUGGAGUCGUCCGAAGUCGCCGUUCAGCCCGAAGACUUCGAAAUUGCGACUCGGGUUGAUUCCCGUGAAGAUGGUAAGUCCUUCUUUGAUUUCUUGAUUCGACUCGUAAAAAAAAGUUUUCCUCGAACCUCAUAAAAUCCCCCAUAAUCUUGUUCAUGUUCGCUCCAUGGCGAAUCAUCAUUCUCCUGGGUCCUUGGUAACGUUUCUUUCUAGUGACCACUUUAGCAACGUCAGCACUCUUAAGUGAUCCCUUGAAUUUCUGAGAAACGUCUGGGGCACGUAUGUGUCUCCAUUACAAGGAAUUUCGAAAUUAUCAUCUUGAAUUAUAUUUUUCAAAGCUCUGAUUUGAGUUUCUAUCAGGUUCACUCAAUCCAACUUCUCUGCAUUUUCGAAAAUUAAGUAUUGCUCAUUCUUGCCAACUUGAAACAGUCUGAUUUCUCUGCGCCCUCUACUUCAUUCGACAAAUUUCGCAUGUUUACCUGACCUAGCCUAAGAGGGACAAGAGACGCAGACGGGUCAGACUAUUUCAAAGUUUUCUCAAGCCAACUUGUUUUUUUUUUCUCAAAGAACCAAAGGAGAUAGUGAUGAACUUUACCACGAAAACUUGUCUUCCAGAAAUGAGAUACGGUACUCGGAUGGAGCCGAGUUCCCCGACGCGGGAAUCUGGCUACGCGACGACGUCGACGACUUACGAGAAGGAACUCUUCGACGUGGUGAGCGAGGGAUAUGAAAUAUGAGCCCCGGCGCCGAAAAUUGAAUCUCUCCCUGGCCUUUUUUUUGUUCUGGUUUCUCCAAUACUUUCUUGCCGGGUGCUUACGAGGACCUAUACUGGUUAUGAGAGGGAUUGAGAAGAAAGGGAAAAAUUUAAUAAAGAACUUAAAAAAGUUCACGGAAAAUGUACUUUCCAGAGUGGUCCUUAUAGGGGUUUUAGUUAUUGGCCCCUAUAGGGGACAUGCUAGUUACCCCUUUAGGAUCCACUCAAGCUUCAGGGGCUAAGGGGUCAGACCUAAACCCCUAUAGGGAGCACCCUAAUUUUACCGCUAUAGGGACCACUUUUUCGACCCUUAUAAAAGUUGUUUUCUCCCCUAACCCCUACAGGGAUCACUCUGGAAUUUCUGAGAUUUUCAAAAAAACUUGAAAAAUUUCUUUCCUAGGUUUCUAAAGAUUGUGGUUUUUUCUGAGCAAUAUUCAUUUUUUUUUUUCAAGUUUUUGAGAAGGGUUUUUUUAAAUAUGAGACGCUAGCCAUAGGUUUCGCAUCAGGAAGGUUUCAGAGCCCUUCAGAAUUUUUUUGAGAUUUUUUUCAAAAGUAUCUUAAUAACCCCAUUCAAAUCAUUGUAUUUUGCGAAAUCGAGACGGUUUUGCGGUGGAGGAGACAUACCAAUAAGUGGUUAAACUAAUACCCGCCAUUAAAAAAAAAUAAUUUGUUGAGUCAAAAAGAACAUGAUAAGAAAAAUUCCAACCUCUUUUUGAUCUUGAGGUACACGAAAAAGCCAACGAAGACGUGCUGGACGACUCGUCGCAGAUUCGCGAAGGAGCUCGCUCCAGACGCGACAGCAUCGAGUAUCCUGAACGACCGGAGCGCGCGUUAUCGCCCGACCUCAAGGCCAAGAACGACGACUUCGACUUCACCUACUCGGACUCACGAUUUGCUGGAAUCAUGCAUUUUGAUGAUAUUGAGAGGUUUGUCAUUUUGCAUUGAAAAAACAACUAACAUCUGACUUCUCUGGUGUCUCUUUGGGUUUGUGUUGAUUUCUAGCUUCACUUGUUUGAAGAGCGGCCUGAAGAGAGGUCAGAGAAAGAGAGAGCUUAUGACUUCUCAGGUAUCUCUUCAGGCUGUCUCUGCUCUAACUCUCUGUUUUUUUUGAUAUCGCUCUACAAAAGCGAUCUCUCGCUUAAGCUCAUUUUUCGGCCUUUUGCUCUACAAAAGCGAAAGACUCGCUGCCUCUUGUAGAGGCUCCAAAAAAAAGUGAAAGCUUCCCAUUUCUCUGGUGUCUCUUCAGGCUGCUUCUGCUCUCUCACUCUCAGUUUUUAUUUGUCCUUUUGCUCUACAAAAUCGAGAGACUCACUGCGCCUUGAAGAGGCACCAGAGAAAGAGAGAGCUUCAAAUCUCUCUGGAGUCUCUUUUGGCCGCUUUAUCUCCUAAUUUCAUACUUUUUUUGGUUUUUUUGCUUCACAGGAGAUUUCCUGCGCCUUGAAGAGGCGCUAGCGAAAGAGAGAGAGAGCUUCAUACUUCUCUGGCGUCUCUUCAGGCUGCCGCUGCUCUAACUCUCUGUUUUUUUUUGUCCUUUUGCUCUACAAAAUCGAGAGACCUACUGCGUCUUGUAGAAGCACCAGAGAAAGAGAGAGCUUCAUAUUUCUCUGCGUCUCUUCAUGCCGCUCUUCAUCUUUUAUUUCUUUCCUUUCUCGGUCUCUUUGCUUCACGUGAGAUUUACUGCGCCUUGAAGAAGCGCUAGAGAGAAAGAGAGAGCUUCUGACUUCUCUGGUGUCUCUCCAGACUGCCUCUCUCACUUUGUCUCACUUAUCAGCUAUUUUUGAAACGAUGACGUUACAGUGCCGAAGAACAGAAAGAGGUCGAAGAGUUGGAAGAGGAAGAAGAGAAAAAAGAAGAUAAAAACGAGUGGGACUCCCGAAGGAUGUGGACAACCGUCUUUGAAAGCGACGAGUCUGAACUUCCUCACCACGAGCAGGACUUUUCCAAAACUCAGGGUUUGAGGAACUUUUUUGAAAAAAUUUCACGCCUUAUUCUUUCAGAAAGAGAUCAGUCGAGAGCCGUCGGCUUGGGAACUUCGCAAGGUAUUUUUUGAAAUAUUCAAUCGAAAUAUAAUAGUUCGUUAGGUGCGUCUGAAGUUGAAGAAAAGAAGAUCAGUGGGCUGAGAAAUGGACCCUCUACGUUCACGAGGACUACGGCAUUAGUGAGGGAUUUCUUGGACUUUGAAAAAUAAACUUCGAAUCGCAGACUUCGCUGAGCUCAACUCCAGAGAUCAAAAUCACGACGGAAGAAGAGCCGAAAAGCGACAGCGAGGACGAGGAAAGCGUCUCGGAGGACGACGAGGAGUAUCCCGAUAAGGUAAGUCUCGGAAAAUUUAAGAGUUUAGUGACCAAUCAAUCAUAGACAUAGAUCGACUAGGCGGCGAAAAUGAAAACUUUAAAAUUAUGAGAAUCCACCGCCUUUGGCGAACUAGAAGCCCAAACGUAUAGUUGAUCAAGUUGAAACCAUGGUCUUACGGUCCUUCGCCUUGUUCUUCUGUUAUUCUCCUGUCCAUCCUGUUGCGUCUUGGAGAGCUUAAACUGUAGCGGACCUUGUAGCUGGAUCUUGGAGAUCGUGUUCUAAACUGGCGCCUUGAAAGAAGAGCGACCAAAUAAGACCUUAUACGGAAUAAAUAUAAAUUGUGUAAGAAAAAUUUGUUCUUUUAUGAAAAUUAUAAGGAGAAUUAUGAGAAUUUCCGUGGACUAUCCAUUCAUUCCCGGCUUGAAAGGCGACAUGGGUAGAUUGGUCGGAGGAACGCGUUGCGUACGCGACGCGGCUUUCGGUGGGAAACUCAAUUUCAUGCAAAAAUGUAGAGAAAAUUUUUUUAUCCGUUCAACUGAUAAAUUUCAAAACCAUAAAAAGUUGAAGUUGUUGAAAAACUAUCAAAAAAGAUAAUUCGCGUUUGAACGUAAGUUUCCCGCUGAAAGCCGCGUCGCAUAUACGCAGCGCACCGCUUUUGCCAAUGUGUCCAUCUCGGCUUUCAAGUCGGAAGAAAUCGAGAAUUUUCGACGGAUCUUUUUCCAGAAAAAAAAGCUAAAAACAGCUCCACUUGAAUAUAUUUCACAGGUCGUGGCGGCUCCAAUCGCGCCAGCUCCGACCUUCGAAGAAGUCGAGCGGGAGCGAAUUCGACAGGAAGAACUCGGCAAGGAAGUCCUGCAGCAGAUCCAGGCGUUCGGAGAAGCCGCCAAUGACGAAUUCGACGUCCAGUGGGCCAAUUCGAACCUUGUCAAGAAUGAGGUUCGGCUUCAGUCGAUCAUUUGGCAAUUAAAGAAUAAAAUAGCGGCUUUUAAUAGACCGGAAAAUUGAAAAAAAAAAAAGUCGGUGACAUUUUCUAGAAAGUUCUCAGAACGUUGGUAUAAGGUUCAAAGGACCAUAACCAGCAGGCCAAAAAAAUUCAGCAUUGAAAAACUGUCCCAAGUCUUUCCUUGAAAUUUGUGUUCAGAACUCUCCAACAGCUCCAGCUGCCGCUUCAACGACGACUCCUGAGAUAACCUUUUCUGAAGAGGUUUUUUGAACUUAUCUUCAAGUAAUUUCAGUAGAACCUGUUCAAAAAUUUCUUGCUGAACUUUCGGAGGAAUGUGAAUAAUACUGUUUAUAGUGUUGUUCUGGGAAAAUUUUUAGUGGCCACUAUAGAGGCUCGCCGAGGACUACUUGGAGAGGACACUAAAGUGGCCACUAAACGCACCUUUAUAGUGGCCACUAUUUUCCGUUUUAGUGACCACUAGAGAGGUUCCUUUUUAGUGGCCACUUCAGUAGUUUUUCAUCCAGUAUUCCUUCCAGUAACUCUGAUAAUUUUAAAAGAAACAGAUUGGACUAGUCAUGUUGAUCCAGCGACCCCUAAAGUGGCCACUAAAACUUUUGUAGUCUACUAGUAGCACUUAGACCUCUAUAGGGGUCCCUAUUUUUUACCCCUUAAGUGCCCACUAAUUUGUCUACUUUAGUGACCACUAAAACGUCAAAACCCUAUAGUGGCCACUUCCCAGUUUUUUAUUGAUUUAGCCUUGAAACGCCUAAGAAAGGAUUUAAAAUUUCCUUCAAUCAUUAAAAAAUGUCCCUUCCUUUUCUAGAAUGAAAAAUUUUUAAGGAGAUGCUGUUCCAAACGGCACGACCUCCUGAAAUCGGCAAAUUCCAGCCGGUCCGGAAUCCGUUCCUCGAUUCGCCGGAGGAUGAGGAAGUGGUUAGUCUUGGAUCUACAAUUUUUUUGAUUAUUGAUUGAUUUUCUUUAAGACGAUCAACAUGGAGGACGUCGACUACAACGAGGUGGCCAAGUUCUACGAAACCCAUUCGCAAAUGAUGCGAAGGCCCGGCCCGGUUUACACCAUCGCCGAGGAUGAAUCGGAAGACGACGGCACUUUGAGCAACUCGGAGAGCCGUUUGAAUGGUGAUUUUGAACAUUUUCGGACUAGAAAAUAAAUUUAACAAAAUUAAAGAUAUAGAAAAGGAUUCUUAGGGCAGGUAGAACUGGGUUUUGAAAAAGGAAAUGGCGAUUUCCAACAUUUUUCCUGUUUGAAAAGCUUAUUUUGAGAUAUGAAACGGGGCUCAUAAAAUGCAUGGAAUCUCAAAAAUCCAUCGGGAAUAUUUUGAUGGUAACUUUUGAAAGUUACUCUUCCAGCUCGAGAAAAGCGACAGAAGAAGUCGGCGGACAAUAUUCUGGCCAAAUACGAUCGGCCAAAGAAAUCGACAGAAAGUACGACGGUCGCGGCGCCGGCUACAACUUACGCUAUCAUAAAUUUGAGUGGUAAGAUUAUAUUAUCCAUUUUUUAAAUGUAUUUUUAUUUUUGCUAAUGGAAAACGGGUACCUUUUGGUGUCUUUUAGACAUCAUAGCUGUGCUAAAAGGUUAAAGGCAGUUUUCCCGCCUAAUUUGAAUCAAAAAUCCCCAAAGUUUCAUCGAAUUUUCAGCAAGAAGCCUUACUUAUUAGUUUUUGAAGAGGUGUUGAAAAAUGAAUAUGACUUUAAUAAAGGUAUUGUCCUUGUUACCUUUUUAAGAAAACAAGUAUCUUUUGGCGUCUUUUUAGGCAUCAUAGCUGUGCUAAAAGGUAAAAGACAGUUUUUACCGCUUGAUUUGAAAUCAAUCAGGCCAAAAAAUUUUUCGGAAUUCUUCUCUAUUUAUUCUGAAAUAAGCAUUGAAAGUUUAUAUGGCUUUGAUCAAGAUAUUUUUAUUUUACUAGUAGAAAACAGGAACUUUUAGGAUUUUUUCAGGUACCUUAGCUUCAUUAAAAAGGUGGCGGUUUUUUUCCUGUCUUAUUUGAAAUCAAAAAUUCCCAAAGUUCUAUCGAAGUUUCAGCAAGAAGCCUUACCUAAUUAUUUUUGAAGAAAUUUGAGAAAAUCCGUUCCAACUACAGUACAACUCAUACAGAAAAAUACAAAAAAUGAGUCAAUUUUCUAUCAAAUUUCAAUCAGGACCCUUUUCACGCUCCUUGUCGGAAUUCCAAUGAUUUUUCUUCCUCAGAACGCCCACCGCCCCUAACGAUAACCUCCGAGACUUCGCCGUUCUUCUCCUCGCCAAACUCGAUCCCGACCUCUGGAGUUGCUCCAUUUUUCUCCCCUCAAGAGGUCAAUGAUGUCCCUUCUGAGAUCUACACGUCCAUCGACAAGACAAUGGCGGAAGUCGAAGACCUGGUCUCAGUCAAUUUGAUCUUUUUGAUGAAAGUUAUAAUUUUUAGCUGGGACAAGUGUACACGAACGCCUCGGCCAAGCCCAAUUUGCUCUGCUACGAUCAAAGCUCUUUUGCGAUUCCGACAGCUUCCAACGGUUGGUUUCCGGAUUUCAAUCUGUUUUGGAAACCUUAAACAAAUACUUUUGUGAAAAAAAUUUUUUUCAAAUUCUCAAUCAAUUUAAUGAUAACGUGAUACUAAGACAAGAGCGAAUUUCCCAUUUCCAUGUUUUUUUUUUCUAUUUCUAUUUUGAAAUUCAUCGGAAUGGAUUAUAACGACCUUAAGAACUCCAGAGUGGUCCCUAUAGGGGCAACCUUAGGGGCCCUCGCAGGUUCCCCUUCAGGGACCACUUUGCCAUCCCCUAUAGGGGGCACUAAAAUUAGCAAAAGUGGUCCCUGCAGAGGUUUCAGUUAGUGGUCGCUAUAGGGAACAUGCUAAUCGAGAAUUAUAACGAACUUGAGCUUUAAGGGCUAAGGGGUCAGACCCUAAACCCUUAAAAGAGCCACCUUAAUUUAACCCCUUUGAGGAUCAGUUUUUCGGCCCUUAUAGGGGUUGCUUUCCCCCUAAUUUGCCCCUAGAUUCCUGUUUUCCCUCUCAUAGGGACCACUCUGGAAUUCCUAGGACAGAAAUCACACAAAAUGCAUCAGCUACAUAUUCUGAUCUUUCAAAAAAAUUAAAUUUAUAAGCAAAUAAACCAAAAAAACGCCUUUUGGUAGCACCAAUAACGUAUGAUUGAUCUUGAACAUUUGCAUUUUUCAAAAAAAAAAAACUUUGGAAAGCCGCCUAGACUUAUCGAAAAUUUGAAGAAGUAGUGAUUUUUUUUAAAGAAAAACGUCUUGAGACAAAGAAUAGAAAAAUUGAUUAUGAAUAAUUUUUCUUGUGUGAAAAGAUAAAGAAAAUCUCAACUUUUGAAGCUUCGAACCUUGAAAUUUUCGUUGAAAUCUAUUGAUAGUUGCUUUGAAAUUGAAGAAAAUUAUGCUGUUUCUUCCAGAGGUAAAAGUCAAAAACCGACUUGUGCAAACAUUUUUCAGCCCAUUGACAUCACUCCUUCUCAACUUUUUUUUUUCUUCAAUUGUUUUUCGCAAGGCUCUAUAAUAGCCCAAUUGAAGUCGUUCCAUUUUUUGCAGAAAACAAAGCGACCCAAGAGAAGAUGAGCAACGGAGAGACGUCGCCUUCCUUCCUGCUCCCACUCCAGAAAUCCACCCUCGGCAGUUUCCUCGACUCGGUCGCCGCCGAACCCGAAAUCCUAUCACCGAGGCAAAUAUUUAUUUUUUUUUAAUGACAUUUUUUCUUGAAGUAGGGUUAUUAUCUCAAAAUUUUGUAAAAAAUUUCUUCUGCAAAAAAAAUGCAGAAGAAAUUUUUUACCUUUUGUAGUAGUUGGUCCUCUAUAAGUGGUCACUAAAGAGGCAGCCCUUCACUCAAAUGACCACUUAGGUAUCUAUGAUUCCGAGUUGUAGAGUACGAAGCGUCAGAGCUCGCAAAAAUAAACCUUUCGGAGACUUCGAGAGUAGUCGGUCCUCUUUAAGUGAUCCCUAAAGGGAAAAUUCCUUUACUCAAGUGAUCACUUACGUCUCUCUAAGUCUGAUAUGUUCGAAGCGAAGUGUUGAACUGAAAAAGAAAAGAUAUAAACUAUCUCCCAACUUCGGAGACAAGCGGUGUAGUUGGUCUUUCUCAAGUGAUCCCUAUAGGAAAAGCGAAGAAAAAGUUACCCCUUAAUAGAAAAUCACCCACUCAAGUGACCACUCAAGCCUCAGGGUCCGAAUUGCUGAAUGCGAGUAUUAGAACUGACGAACAAAAGGAAACCUUCCGGAGACGGAAGUAGUAGGUCCUCUUCAAGGGGUCAUUUAAGAGUGGGUAUGCCACUUAAGUGACCACUCAAGCCUCUCAAAGUCCGAGAUGUUAAAAAAAAAGAAUUACCUAUCUUUUGGUGACUUCCGGAGUAGCCUGUCUUCUUUAAGUGAUCCCUAAAGCAAAAAACCCUUCACUAAAGUGAUCACUCGGGUCUCUCUGAUUUUGAGAUGUUGGAUGCGAAGUUUAGGAACUGACGGAGAAAAAAGUAUGCUCUUGACCGAAACUUUUAGGGUUUAUUUUACCUCAGAAGUUUUUAGGGGCCUUUUUACCCUCUUUGCUUCAAGAGUCUGUUUUUAUGCACCUUUAAUUCAAAUCCAUCUGGAUGAGAAAAGACUAAAUUAUCAUGAAAUUUUCCAAAAUUUGUCUUAAGAACACAUUUCAGAGGCCUCAAACGUUCUCCCGGAAUGCUGUUACCGUCUCAAGAGCCUCUGGCGUCCCUGUCCUCCUUCUCAGCCAAAACCGUCGAUGAACAACCUUCGGAAGUUCCGAAUACCAUCGACGGGUUGGCCAACGCCUACAAGUGGCUUCAGGAUAUCGAAGUCAGUUCCAGGAUUUAUUUUCUAUUUUAUUUCAGCAGUUCUUCGGUUUUUCACUCGUUAUUUUUUACUCUUCGUUUUGUUGCAUGAAGUUCCAUGAAACUAUCUUGAAGCGGGAGGGAAUCUUGGGGGGAACAUUGAAAAUUUCUUGUUUGUAUUUGGACUAUCGAAACCAUACUUAUAACUUGUUAUGGAUAGAUCCUAAGAGUACUGUAUGACCCGGGAGUUGAAGGUUCAGCGGAGCAUUUUUGGCGCUAAUUCAAAAAAUAUUUGAAAUUCGAUCUGUAAUGAUAAAUGAUUGAUUGUCGUGCUUCGAAAGCCUUUUUUUUCAAAAAAAAAAUGAUGAAACUUCCUGGAAGUCUUUUCACAAUGUUUUUUUAAACUCGCAGCAAGGCAUUUUCGUUAUUUUUUCCUAUUAAUUUUCAUCUUUCGAUUGUCUGAACCUAUAUGAAAAAUCUCGGCAAUCCCGAAAGAAAAAAGAAGUGAGAAGCUCGGGCGGGCAGAAGCAGAAGUCGUUGAAAUAGUGGGCGGUGUGCCGAGAAAGGAGACAGGCGUCCUUGCUGCUCCACUAGGCCACGCCCCUCCUCUCCUCCCAGGCGGCCGCUUUUGCCCCGCCAGCAGCGAGAGCGACGUCUUCGCGCAUCAGAACUCCCUCCGCCAUAUUCCCUUCUCUUCUAUCCCUCUCCCAUCUGUUGUCCUGGCCCCCUUCUGUUAGUAUGCACAUGCCAUAACGGUUCGUUUUUUCAUGUACUUUUUCAAAAAUUCUUGUCCUUCUCAAAAUUGGUCAACGUUGAUAAGUCCCCCGGACAAAAAAUCCCCAGUCCAACCCAAUGAAAGCCAAUCUAGCGGUAUGUAUAACGGGAAUCGAUACGCAAAAAGAGUGCCGCCGCCGGCUCUCACUAGAGGCCAGGCAGCACACCUCGGCCGUUUUCUCCCUUUUUUCGUUCGGUCGGUCACAGCUUCUAGGCACUACUCUUAAGCGUUUUCACUCCAUCCACGCACACUCACACGUAAUGAGUUGUGUGGGAGUGUUCAAACUGCAACACAUGGAUGGAUGGAUGGAUGGAUGGAUGCACCUCCUUCAUCGGAAAAAGUUGUAGCUGUAGUCUUUUUCGGGGAUUCAUUCAGAAUCUUUCAAUUUUUAAAAGUUUGGCUGAGAAACAUCUGUGAGUGGUUAGAUCCUCGAUCCAAAAAUUAGUAGCUCUAGUCUUUUUCGAUGUUUCUUUAUAAGUUGGGCUGGCAAGAAAGGUCAUUUUACUUUGUGUUGGCGCAGUUUUGAAAAUUGGCCAGUACAUUUUUUGAUGUAACAAAUGAAGAUCUUCACGAGGAAGGUCAUUUUUCUUUUUUUUUCUGAAACUUGGCCAGAACACUCCUUGAUGUAGCAGAAGAGGAUUCUGAAAGUUUCAACCUUCACAACCUCCAAGUUUUUGAGAAAGGACUUCUCAAAGUCUGAAACUUUCAAAAUCCGUCGAAAAGGUCUUUUUAGGGGCUUUGAGCUUUUAUUUCCUAAAAACUAGGCAAUUUUGCAGCUUGAAGUUUUCAGAUCCUUAAUUAGGUUUUUCAAGGUUUGACAUUUUUUCAGAAGAUUCUCAAAGUAAAAUGACCUUCCCUGUAAGAAUCUCAAAAUAGCUUUUCCUAACUGAUUUUGAAGGUUUUCUUGACUUUAAGAUGUCGUUUUCGAAAAACUAGGAAGUCUUUUAGUAGCUUCAAUUGUUACAUCAGUGAAAUUUCAAGCCAAUUUUCAGGAAAUUCACACCCGAAAAGUGAAAUCUUUCCUUAGUUUUCAAAUCUCAACCUUUAUCCUUGAAAAAAAAUUUUUGUCAUAGCGUAUUUCAGACAAAUGGUCUGAUUUUUAAAAUUUAGUUGUAAAUUUGCUUCGAGGCCCUGAUUCCAGUACAAGCCGAGUUAUGAUCAAAGAUGCCAAAAAUCUUUUCUUUUUUUUCUUUACUAGCGCACAAAAAUUUGAAGCGUUCUGCUUUGAAUAAGAAGCAAAAAAAUACUUUUUAACCUUGUCAGAUUGUUGAAAAAAAUAUUGAGGAAACUUUCUUCACUUGAAAAAAAUUAUUCUGAAAAAAAUAACAUUUUUUUGGUCAUUAUUUCGAAAUUGUUACGAUAUUUUAUCAUUUUUUUUCAACCCAUUUAAGGUUUAUUUUUUUGAAAAAGUUGAGACAACUUGUUGUUAAAAAAAUGAAUUGAAAGGAUUGUAGUAGUGGAAAUCGAGUUUUUUUUUCAAAGAUUCGAUAUAUUUGUAAUUUUUUUGUAAAUAAUUUUUUUAUGCACUUGAAAUGUUGUUCAAAUCAUUGCCGAAAAAGUUCAGUUUGGAAAAAAAGUUUAAAUUAAAAUAUCUUAAAUCAUUAAGCUCGACGUUUAAUAAGAUUGAAUGAGGACGAGACAUUUUAUAAAUCAUACUGAAUAGGGAAUAAUGAUUUUUCUCUUGAUGAAAAGCUUUAAAAAAUGGAAAUUUUAUUAAUUUUCAAUCUUUUUCGUUUUCAUGCCUUGAAUAUUUUAUUUAUGGCUGUUUUUUUUUUCGCCAACAGAGAAAUUGAGUGAAUUUUUAUCACUUCAUUCGCCGCCAGUUUGUUAAAAAUCAACGCGACGUGUCUUGAAGGAGUUUUUUCCGCUUUUGGCUUGAAAUUGGCUUGAAGAUUGGGGAUUUCCACCGAACUUUUACUGACCUGUGACUUUAAGGAAUCACUUAAGGACCUUUUUCUAUUGAGCUGACAUUGCAGGACGAUGGUAGCGCUGCGAGUGCGACUGAAAUGGGUAGAAGGAAACUGCCGUCGAUUCCAGCAACGUCGACCGGCCCGCCGUCACUCCAAACGCCCCUCUCGAUGACGAUCCAAGCGCCGCUUUCCAACUCCGUCGUUGGUCAUUUUGUCGACGACUACUCUACCUCGCUGCCGCAAGAUCCGAUCGUCCCCGAAACGCUGCUCCGUGGCUCCAGCUUGCCACGACGUCAGACCCAGUCGCAGACCACGCCGCCGGUCUACAUCACCUCCAGUCGGACCACGGUGUCCCCUGCCGUUUCUACCACCAACGUCUUCACUUCGGUCCCAUCCACCUCGGCGGGAAUUGUCUCCGGCUUGGAUUCCAGACCGACGUCGUCAAUGUCCAUCUACCAAGACAUUUCGAGACCGGCGUCUGCUGCGAGCAACGUCUCCAUUUACCCUUCCACCUCCAACAUCAACCCCGCUAUCCUGCCUGGAGCAGCCUACACCUCGAGAGUUCCGCAUCUGAGACAGCCAGUUUCUCUACGACCUUCCACGUCGACGACGACUUCGCAGAUCAGACCUUCCACGGCCCGCAUCCCGAACACCUUGGCACGGGUUCUGCUGAAGAAGGAGCUGAAAGACGUUCUGAUGCAGAGGAAAGUUCGUCUAGAAGCCAGCGAAAUCGAAGCGAACCAGAGGCAGUACAAAGUGCAGAAGAUGAUUGUCACUGGCCUGCUUCCUGAGAAACCGGAAGAUGACAUUCCACGAGUCGUCAAGUGUGAUUUGCCUCUGGAGAUCACACGAGACGUUCACAUCGCGAAGUUGCCUCAAGUCCAGCCGAACAGAAGGGAAACGCACACGCCUACAGCCAGAAGAUACGCUGCGGCUCAGUCGACGCCGAUGACGUCCAAACUUGGCGCCACGUCUUCUCAAAGCGUGGCAACGCAAGCCAACGAAGAGAACAUCCAUCAAAUGCGAACGACGUCGCUCAGGACGCAGCUAGAGUUUGAGAAGAGGCCAAAUCUCAUGACCUACGUCGGCAAGCGAAGUGCUGAGACUCAAACUGAUACGGCGAAUCCCACUUUGGAUUAUCGGUCGAACAUCCUUUCUGGAUCUUACCCUCGCAUUCAGAAAGACCGACAGUCGAGAAGGGAUCGAAACGAACAGUCGCGCAGCUAUCACAGUGAUCUGUUGGAGAUCACGAAGCAGUACUUUGAAGAUUACGACCGACAGCUGCGCGAGCUGGGAGAGAAGGCCAAAAGAUCCCAGCGGAGACGCUUCGAUUUUCACGACGACGAAGACGCCGAGUCACGCAAGUCUCAAGUGUUGAGCGAGUUGGCCCGUCGACGGGAAAGAAUGUGUGCGAGUUGCGAAGUUCUGCACGAAGUCGAGCCAUUCCAGACCACCAACGCCAUGUCCAGCGACUACAGCUCUCACGUCCCUCACUAUGGAUCUCUCCCUCGGAUCGACUAUCCUCGAGUCAGAACAGACUCGACCCGAGAUUUCACCUACCGAGGAGCUCCAGAGCCUGUAGCACCCUACUACAACUAUGGGUCUUUGCCGAGGAACUUCGAAAGAUACAACGUCGAGCCGAUCCAGAUCGAAAAUGAGCAGUCUUUUGGUGCUCCUCCGGCACGAUACAACAGUUUCACAGCGUUUGACAUGAAUCUUCCGCAGUCGACGUCGUCGAUGUACGGUCGUCCUGGCACAGCCUACUACGAUUCUUACGCCGAUGGCAAUGCCAACACCAAACGGCUAGGCACGUCCAACUUCCCCUACGCUAACGACACGAUGAACAUGACGGUUCCGCAACAACACCCAGAUUUUGUCAGCCAAUACGCGAGUUUCCUCAAUUCCCAGUUCUUGACUGGCCUUCAGUCCGCCGCGAAUCUGCCUCAGCCGAUGAUGCCUCUGACCAGAUACGACGCUCCGCUCUCAGAGCCUCGGCAAGGAAUGACCACCAACUUCGACAACCAUUUCGAUCCUCUGAUGUUGAGCGAUCCGAUGCGUGCCGCCCAUGUCUACAGCCGCAAUGAGACCAAUUACGGAUCCAGACCUGCUCAGCAGAGUUUGAUGGACUACGGGAACGUAAGAAAGCCCUACUCGGCCGUGGUUCCGAUCAAGCCCUACGGCAGUCGAAAAGAACUUUACGACGUGCCGAACCUCCAGAAGCAGCAGCACCAUCAACAGCUUCUGCAGCAGCAGCAGCUCCUCCGAAGACAGCAGCAGGAGUUGUACGCCUUGCCGCCCGGAGAGCCCAUCGCCAGGGUCGGCUUCGGCGACGUCUCCGACUACUGGCCUCGUGACGACGCCCUCUCUCGCGUCUACGCUUCGGCCGGACGUCGUCGGUCCCAAGGUUCGCAUUUGUCACCCAACGCUAGGUUUUUGUGAUGCGGAUAUUCUUGCUACCUUUUUUUUUCUUUUUUCACUUUUAUAAGGUGCUAUUGAGAUCAUUCCCUCAUUGCGCAUUUAACUUCAUUCUUUAUUGACGAUACGGCUCCGUUUUACCUGCUCCAUGACCCGAUUUUCUUUCAAUAAAGUCCUUCUCUAUGUUUUUUUGCGAUUUAUAGGGAUAAAUUAUUUUAUUUCAACUCUUGUUAUGUUCCGAAGAAGAAAAAAGAGAAACAAGCGUUUGCUGGGUUUGCAAGGUUUCAAUAAAGAUACAAAAGAAAUCGUUGAAAAAGAAAAGUUUUCACAGAGGUCCUCGUUUCGCUGCAUGGGUUUUCCGGACGCGGUGGUUAUGAAGUUAGUUUUUCCCUUUAAAGUCAGGUUUUACACGAAAAAAAGUUUUUUUAUCGGCUUCACUGAGCUCCUUUUUAAAAUUCUAAGGACGAACGAAUUUUUAGGCUGAAUCGUUUUUGAGAAUUUUCAAAGCUUAUAAAGUUAGAACCUAAAAAUUGACUAAAAAUCUCUAAAAGUUCUAUUUUUAAAAAGCCAAUUUUUUUGUUAGGAGAAGCCUGUCAUAUUUUUUUCUAUCUAUAAAAAAACCUCUCAAGAAAUAAAAAAAUGGAUAAAUCGAAUUUAUAAUAUUUCCGAAAAGUCGAAGUGAAAGAGUUUUUUUUUUAGCGCGAAACAAAUUUUUUUCGGAAACGCUGCUGAUUUGACAUUUGGAGAUAUUUUCAGCAUUUAAAAGAAAAAUUUUCUUGCUUUCUGAGGAUGAUUUUUUGAUUUUAACGAAAUUUUUGUGGUAGGAGAUAUAAAUCUCAGCCGUUUUGAAUGGUGAAAAAGUAGGAAUCAUCCAAAAAUGGCAAUAAAAAAAAUCAUUUUUCUGUGAAAAAGUGGCCAAAUUCAAGUUUAUGAUGCCGUGGUCGAAGUGAUUUGCGAGGAAUCAAAAACUAUCUCUGAUUCUCCACAAUGUAGUUAUCUUUUUCUUUCUCUGGCGGCUAUUUUACUAUUUCGCGAAAUUACUUUUAACACGGCAUGAAAGAAGUUUUCAAUUAUCUUGAGCUUGCGGAUUUGAUCGAAGUUUAAAAUAUUGUCUUUAUGACAGCUUUCAAAACCCCUGAAAGUACGCUCCACGGAACUACGUAAAUAAUCGGCUCGUACUCGGACAUUGGUAACACGAAACGGACAAGCUCCAGAAGUUUCUGGGCUUUCCUAGUGGCCAUUUUAGUAGCGUCAGCACUCUUAAGUGUUCCCUAGAAUUGCAUAGAAACUUCCGUUUUGCGUUACGAAUGUCUGAGUAUCAAUAAGUUUUGAAUAUGUUCAAGGGGGAUUUUGAGAAGUUUUGAAAGACGUCCUACAUAGGAAGACAAAAAAAAGAGUAAAAGAUAAGUACUGCGAAAAAAACGGGACACCUAACCGAUUUUCGUUCAGAAAUUUUUUUUAAGCUUAUAGCUCAAGUUGAGACUCUGGAACAUGUAAUUUUCGAAGUCAUGAAAGAAAAUUUUUUUUUAAAUUAGGGUUUUUCUUCGGUUAAUUUGAUAUUCUGCUCAUUUUCCGCAUCUUUUUUUCCAUUAUUCAAAUUUGAAUCGAGAAAAAUGUUUAGUGUUGCGGGACACAUUGGGAAUGGAAAAAAGGUCAAGAUCAAAAAAAUACUUUUCAACAAAUAUCCUGCAAACCCAACGCAAAAGCUUGUUUCUCUAUUCCGGGAUUAUGAAAGUUGGUCAUGGAGCAAAAAAAUCAAUUAUUUUGUAGUUUCAAAAUUUUCUAUCUUGAAUCGAAUCAUCAAUAUCCGCAUCACGGUAACCUCAUUUCGAUCAUUCAAGAUUUGGCAUCAAAAAAGAAUUUUUAAAAAUUAUUGGCAGUGGUCAGUUUUGUUCACGAUUUCUUGUCUUGAAGGUAAAAACUGAAUUUUAACUGAGAUUUUCAUUCUUUCUCUCAUAAUUUUUCCUUUUUUCGAUCUGAUACCCAAACUUGAAGGUUGUUCCAAUAUUCUCGUGAUGGAGUUCCAUGAUUCAGUUCCUUCCAACAACUACCGGUCUUUGUCGAACCGCACAAGGCCAAGGGUGGAUUAUGACACCGGCACGACCCGUUCGGAGCCGUUUUCCGGCCACCAACGUCAUCGGGGUCGUUACGAAGAAGAACGGCGGCCGGAGGUUAAAAGGAUUCUUCUGACUCGUCGCUACCGUCAUCAUAACAUCUAUAAUGGUUGGUUUUUGAUGAAAGUUUGAUGAUUAUAACAAUUUAGUGAGUUUAUAAGUACUAGUUGGUCUUUCAAAAGUCUUUCUUGGCUUAGAAUAACACGAAAAACGGCCUUUUGUCUUGAAAAUUCUAUGAAAAUUCGAAGUUUGUCUGUUCCUUUUCAAGGGAAGGACCAAAUUGAUGAGAAAACGAUUAGAAAUCUUUCUGGUGCAUCUCCGAAGAAAAUCCUAUCCCAAAAUAAGUAUAGAUCAGCCUCGGAAGGUCCUUUCCAGGCUUGGAAUUGCUAUUUUGCACUCAGAAAUCUCGUUUUUUCUUAUUUUUGAUGGUUCAGACCGAAUCUCAGAAGUUCCUCUCCAGAAAUUUUCCAAAAUUCAAUCUCUGAAUUUCAUAAAAACUUCUUCUGCAGAUCUCGGUGUUCGUGUCGUCGGCGGAAAACGACAGAAAGACGGUCAAUUAGCCGCCUACGUCUCUGCCGUCAACAGCAAGAUGAAUAAUCAAACUCUGGGCCAGAUCAAGCUUGGUAAAGAUUGGAAUCGAUUUGAAAAAUCUUGAUGUAGGAAAAUAAAGAAGAAAAUGAAACUGCUGUGUUCAGAAUGAUCUCUGUCACUCCAAAAUUCUCUUCACUUUAUACUUCUCAAUCUAUGAUGGUCAUUUUCCUUUUGCCUAUCACUUUCCUCUGCUAUUUUGAGCCUUAUACCAAACUCAGUCUUCAGGAAAACCGACUUUUUCUGAAAAAAAAAAUGCUUCUAGGCGAUGAAGUCCUCGAAUGGAACGGCAUUUUAUUGCGCGAGAAAACUUUCGAAGAAGUUGAGCGGAUCAUCAACUCGAGCCAGGGAGAGGUUGAAGUGAUAAUCAGAUCGUGAGUCGAUAAAUAAUUACUUCUUUAUCUGAGAUUGCGGUUUCAGGGUGAACCAGCUAGGAGCACCUGGCCGAGUUUCCGAAGAUCAGCAUCGCUAUUUGCGUUCCGACGGUUUGGUUUUUGAGUUCUUUGAAAAUUUAUUUGAGUAGGUACCAUUAAAAUCUUUUUGAGGAAUCAUAUUUUAAGGAAUCUUAAAGCAUUUAGGGCAUUAUUUUGAAAAAUCUUUUUAACUUUUAAUCAUUGACCAGAUCUCAAGCUUGAGUGCUUUUUAGAAAUAAUAUAAUUGUGUUAAAUUACGCCGGAGUUGCUCCGAAACAGUCAUUUAGAGCAAGAUUGUUGCAUUUUGAAACGUUUCGUUACAAAAAAUAGAUUUUUAAAGUUCGAAUGGAACCUAAGAUAUUUUUAUCAUUAAUAUAUUACUAAGAUAUUUUCCAGAGCUUUCUCCUGACCGAGCUCCACCUGUACCUAUGCACCGUGUGAACGGCAACAAUAAUAACCUUCCUCAUGCUUCUUUUUCGGUUGGGACUUGUGAAAGAGCCCAUAGAGACUUUGUACAUCUAGGACUCCUCCUGCGGACACAUCCAAGUCGCCCUGUCCUACGACCGAAGUUCCAGCCUCCUAACGGUCCAAGUGCUUCGAGCCCGUGGACUCAAGGCCCGCGACACCUCCAGAACUGCUCCGAAUCCCUUCGUCAAAGUCUACCUUCUUCCGGGCCGCAAGUACGUCUUCGAUAGUUUGACCACUCUUGUUGGAAUUUUUCGAAUAAGUCGUCUUUUAAGUUACAUGCUUCUGUUCGAUUUUAAAUAGACCUUUGAUUUGAAAGAACGCGAAACUCAAAAAAUGGGCCUUUUUAAGAUUUAUUUGGUUUCUAGACAUUUGAAAAGGAUCAAAAAGUUCAAAUCUGUUUUUCUCAAGAUACGGACAGAACUCCGGAAUACCGGAAGGGUACGAAAAAAUAAAAAAUUCCAUAAGGGUACGAAACGCAAGUUACAAAAGUCUAUUUAAGGCCAUGUCCUACCAAAAUAGGACAUAAAUCCCUUUUUUAAGCUUAAAAACAACUUUACGGCUUUCCGAACGAUCCUAAUCUUUCAACAAUCUCUCACCUUGACAAAAAAUACUUUUUCCGGAAAAAAAAAACUCAGGGAGAAAGCUAAAAAAUUCUUUCUUAGAUCCUUUGGAUCCAGGCUGCGAAAAUUGAGUCGCCAAAAUCUUUGAUUAAAAAUCUUUCUACAGUAGUCAGAGGACCUUUUUUUCGUGAAUGAUGCCUUUUUUGGAGGCUCAGUUUUUCGCGCAUAUACUUGGGAAUCCCAGAGUGGUCCCUAUAGGGGUUAGAGAACGAAAAAGUGGUCCCUUUAGGGGUAAAAUCAAGGUGGAUCCUAUAGGGUUUUACAGUCUGAAUCCUUAGCCCCUAAAGCUCAAGUGGACCCUAUAGGGGUCUUUCAAUUUCAUUCAAAAACGCUUAUUUAAUCAGUUUUUCACAUGGAAAUGCUUCUUCGCUUAGAGUUCAUAAAAAUUAUCGACUCGAAUGUCCCCUAUAGGUACCACUUUGCAAGCUUUCGUAGUCCCUAUAAGGAUUGGUUAAUAACAAUUAUAAUUGUUCCCCUGGAUGCACAGUUUUCAUUGCGCGAAAACCACCGUGUUUGUUGAAGUUGCCAGGAAAAAAAAAGGAUGUGGCGAGUUUUACAGGGUCUCACACAAGCGGCGGACGCGUUUCGUCGAUUCAAGUUGCGAUCCGGAGUGGAACCAACUACUUGAAUACCACGUGCCGCCGCAGCUGCUUUCCACCAUGUUCCUCGAGUUUUCCGUCUGCGACUACGAGAAAGACACCAACGACGUACCCUUGGGCCACGUUCAGAUCAGCCUUGGCGGUACGAAUUCGGGACUGUUACUGAUUUUAGGAACUUAAAAUUGGCAGUCUUUAUACUAAACCUUUUUACCAACUUGCUCGAAAAGCCUUUGAUGGACGGGAAAUCGAAAAAUCAGAUCUGCGCCAUAACUGUAUAAGUGAAGAAGUCAAGAAGUGUAGGAGGAGGUGACAAAAAAAUUUUGAAAAGUUAGGAAUAAAAUCAAUUUUUCACCUUUUUUCUAGCCAAUCUUCUAGUUUCAGAGAGGGGGGGGGGAUUUGUAGCUCAGAACCUGGGCGCAGAUAGCGACGUUGUCGGUUCGAUUCCCAGUUUAUCGAAGAUUGUUUGAGCGAAGUUACAGAAAAAUCCAGCAGACUAGGUAAACAAAGACUCCCCUUAUUUGAGGAUUUUAGCCGAAAUUUAGAAAGGUCUCAGUAGGAAAUGGUCUUGACUGGAAAUCCUGAUGAAGAGUUUCUCCUCCAGAAGUGAACUUUAUCAUGCCUUUCCUGAUUUCGAGCUCAGAAAAGCUUCAAAAAAGUUACGGAGGCUCAAAAUUAAGAAUAAAUCAUCUUGAGCUUCAUUUUUAGCAAUUUCUGAGCUCAGGUUCAAAGUUAUCAUUAAAAAACUGCACUUAGCAACUGAGAAAUUUCAAAAAUCUGUUAAAAACCCCCGUCAGCAAGAGCUUUUUUCUGGUUCUUAGUUACUUUUUUGUCCAGACUCAAACGCUCUGAGCGCUUCCGCUCGCUGGUAUGCGAUCCAGCCGGAAAUGUCGCAGUCGAGAACUUCGCGACGUUGUUACGAGCAACACGAAGAAGACCUGAGACGUGCGGCUCACAUUUUUCCCAGUUAUAAUCCAGGUUGGGAUUGGAGUUUUGUAAGGUGUCCUCGAAAAGUUCCAGGAAACUGAGUUGGGCAAAAGAUGAAAGUUGAAUUUGUCUAUUUUUUAACUUCAAAGUUGAACAAAUACCUAAAGUGGUCACUAGAGGCCCUCAAAGGAUUUAGUGAUCACUUUAGAAGCCCAUAAGGCUAGAAUCGUAUGAAGACAACUUAGAAACCCAAGGCUUCACUCGGGAUGACUUUCUACCAAAAGGCCCUAUAGUGGUCCCUAGAGGUCUUUAUAGGAUUUAGUGAUCACUUCAGAAGUCCAUAAGGCUAGAAUCUUAUGAAGACAACUUAGAGACCCAAGGCUUCACUUGAAAGAAGAGAUUUCACUAUGAACUGGCUACUAGAGAUUUGGGAGCCCUAUAGGGGUCACUAGAGGUCUUUAUAGGACUUAGUGGUCACUUUAGUAGUCAAUUAGGCUAGGAUCCUAUUAGACCACUUAGAGAUCCUAGGCGUCAUUCGGAAUGAAUUUCUACCAUAAACAGACUACUAGAGAUUUAGGAGCCCUAUAGGGGUCACUAGAGGUCCUUAUUGGGUUUAGUGGUCACUUUAGAAGCCUUCAAGGCUAGGAUCCUAUAGAGACCACUUAGAGAUCCAAUGUUUCGGUUUUUUUUUUCACCAUGAACUGACUACUAGAGAUUUAGGAGCCCUAUAGUGGUCCCUAGAGGUCUUUAUAGGAUUCAGUGGUCACUUUAGAAUGUCUUGGAUCACUAAGUGGUCUCUUUAGGACAGGAUUCCAAUAGGUCUCUUCAGAACAGGGAUAUAGAGACCACUUAGAGAUUCAACGGGUCCUCAGACUAUUAGAAAUUAAAAGCCCUAUAUUGGUCACUUCAACUUGUUUUCAGUUUUUGAAAAAAAGCUCUGAAUAAUCAAUGUUUUCAGCAUCGCUUGAUAUCGGGUACCCAGCGAUCAACUGA